AUGGCUCGGAAUUGUGCCUCCAAGCAGAACCGCUGGCACUGCAUGUCCAUGUCGUCCCCUCGGCCGAGGCUGCAGGCGGCCAAGACAAGCCUGAACGUGGCGUGGGACAACAAGUUCCUACAGGCUCUCGACACGUCCCGCCAACGUCCGCUCAUCUGCAACCUCUUGCAGCAACACUACAUCGACUACCCCGUCAAGGCCUCUGAGAGCAAGCGAAAGCUUGGCAACUCCGAAAGCGCUGAGAUGAUAGACUGCAUGAAGAAGAAAAAUGUGGAGCACCAGAGGGCGCUAUUUGGAGACAACCUUGCUAAAAUCAACGAGUGGAAGAGGGCGAGCGGGAGGUACAGCGCUGAGCUGCUGGACGUUAUGAUCAACGAGAUCAUGCUCAGUCCUUGA